AUGAUUUAUUAUAUGUAUUUAUUGUAUGUAUGAAUAAAAAAUAUAAAAGACAAAAUAGUUUUCAAAUAGUUCAAAAGGAAUGUUUAGAUAAUCGUUGCAUGUGGCAUGUCUCUUCUCAUUUCUUCCGAUGUACCGAUGCAGAUCGUGAAUCAAGAAGGAAAUACGGGGGUGGUGAACCAUUCUCCUGUAACUUCCAUCUCGAUAAACAACAAGAAUUGCGGACUCGAAGUCCACUUGCACGAUAUCGCCGUUGAUACUUGCAUCAGAAUAAAAUUCGUGCUUGCUAAAGGUACGUGCUCCUGCCGAUCGCAGCAGGAAUUUCGGAGAAAUGCUCAUUAACGAGAUCGAAAGAUCGUUAAGAACGUGAUCGGAUCUCGUUGAGAUUUGCCUCGGGGCAAAGCAGUAAAAAGUUUUCUUGUAAAUUUGAAUUGAUGAUAUUUCGAUCAGGCGAAUAACAUUUAACCAACUAGCUAAAACGAAAUUCAAUCUUCGAAGAUCGUCGAGCAAUAUCUUUACAGUAUUCAAACAGGAUCUUUCCGUGCGAAGGAUCAUUUAUUUUCAAAUUUAUGAUUUUUAUUAAGUAGGAGUAUCUAGAAAUCAGCACGAAUAGGUCCAAUAGGCAUUUAUAUAACUGUACAUACAAAGAUAAUGUCAAUGAUUUAUUCAAAUAGUUAUUUGACGAUCGCGCACGCGGCCCAACGCGUACAUUUCAAAAUACGAGGCACGAAAUCAUUCACUGGAAUUAACCACUUCGAUACUUCGAAUCGUGAUUCAGCCUAUCAGUAGCAUGGUCGAUGAUAUGCGAGUGAAUUAUUCUGGCAACUUACAAGGUCACGCAAGUCAACAGUUACAAUCCUUCGACUGGCAAUGUCGUUUAACGCAUGAGAGAAGCUUUUUUUUUCUUGGAGACUUGCCAAUCGAAACGUAGAAGUAACUGUAUUUAUGCUUAUCGCUAGAGUUCUUUAUGUAAAAUUCUUAUUUUAAGGAAAUUUUUACCUAGCGUCCUAGAAAAAAAGUCGACCAAACGAAUAACUAACAUGUCACGUUCGAACCUUUCCGCUUAACAGCAUAUUCAUUCAAAAAAGGUAACUAAUUUCUUAAUCUUUUUGUUUUAGGCUCGAUUGAAUCAGAAAAAUGUGGACGAAACGGCAAAUUCUACAUAUUUUGAUAGCUUUGAUUCUAACAACAUUUGUAGGAGCAGAACACUAUGAAAUUUAUGAAGAUCAGUACAGACAAAGUAAUACUCCUUUCACCUGUAGAGAAGAAGGUUAUCAUCCUGAUCCACAUGACUGCAAUGUUUACUAUAGAUGUGUUGAUUGGGGUAAUGGUAGCCCUUUGACGACGUUCAAGUUCAAAUGUGGAACUGGCACAGUAUUCUCCAAAGAAAAAGGAGACAUAUGUACAAAUCCAAAUGACAGUGGACGACCAGAAUGUGGUGGAUUUGAGAAUGAAAUUGUUUCUGGUAUUCAAAAUCCCAGUACAGAUUCAUAUCCAUCUUAUUCUCCAUUUACGACAACAAUGAAAACAACAAUUGGAACUAAUUUAUCGAUAACAAUAACUACAACACAGCCUACUACAACUACCGAAGUUUUAACGACCACAAAAAGAACAGAAAUAAGUACUGAAUUAUCAACAACUAUUCGACCAACGACAACAUCUGGAUCGAAUCAAAACGACAUGACUGACAAACAAAAAGUACAAUGUACUACAGAUGGAUUUUUAUCAGAUCCACAAGACUGUAAAAAAUUUUAUAGAUGUGUAAAUGAAGGCAAUGGAGUAUUACGAAAAUAUGAAUUUAUUUGCGGAGUAGGAACUGUUUGGGAUCCAAAGAUAGAAGCGUGUAAUUAUGCUUCGGCAGUUUCAAGAGAUGACUGUCGACAAGGAUUACAAGAUGAAAAUAACGAUAACGGACAAUGGAAUAGCGAUAUAGGAGAUAAUGGUGGACAAUGGAAUGGAGAUACAGGAAACAAUGAAGGACAAUGGAAUGGUGAAACAGGCAGCAACGGAGGAAGCUGGAAUGGUGAUGUAGGAACAGCAGGUACUCCCGGAAUUUCAGGAAAUCCAGGAACCACAGGAUAUCCCGGCUCGCCUGGAUAUCCAGGAUCUCCUGGAUCUCCGGGCACUCCUGGAUUACCAGGUACUCCUGGAUCAUCGGGAACUCCUGAAUCACCGGGCUCUCCUGGAUUACCAGGCUCACCUGGAUAUCCAGGAUCUCCAGGAUCUGCUGGAUCACCGGGCACUUCCGGAUCACCGGGCACUCCUGAAUUACCAGGCUCACCUGGAUAUCCAGGAUCUCCAGGAUCUGCUGGAUCUCCGGGCUCUCCUGGAUCUCCGGGAACUCCUGGAUCACCGGGAUCUCCAGGAACUCCUGGAUCUCCGGGCACUCCUGGAUCUCCGGGAACUCCUGGAUCACCGGGCACUCCUGGAUUACCAGGCUCACCUGGAUAUCCAGGAUCUCCAGGAUCUGCUGGAUCACCGGGCUCUCUUGGAACAACGGGCACUCCUGGAUCUCCGGGAACUCCUGGAUCUCCGGGUACUCCUGGAUCUCCGGGCACUCCUGGAUCACCGGGAUCUCCAGGAACUCCUGGAUCUCCGGGAACUCCUGGAUCACUGGGUACUCCUGGAUCACCGGGAUCUCCAGGAUCUGCUGAAUCUCCGGGUUCUCCUGGAUCACCGGGCACUUCCGGAUCACCGGGCACUCCUGGAUCACCGGGCACUCCUGGAUUAACAGGCUCACCUGGAUAUCCAGGAUCUCCAGGAUCUGCUGGAUCUUCUGGAUACCCGGGCUCUGCUGGAUCAUCUGGCUCACCUGGAUAUCCAGGAUCUCCAGGAUCAGCGGGUUUUCCGGGAUCUUCUGGAUCACCUGGAUAUCCUGAAUCUUCUGAAAUGCACGGAACGCCUGAAAAUUCAGAAACUUCGGGAAUAUCUAGCGCUGCUGAAAAUUCUGGUGGUCAGAGUAUGUCAGGAUCAUGUAACGAGGAAGGAUUCUUCCCUGACCCUCAUAAUUGCAGACAGUUCUUUAGAUGUGUAAAAGAUGGGAAUACAUUCAUAAAGUAUGAAUUCGAAUGUAGCGUGGGCACUGCUUGGGAUACCAGUAUUCAAAGUUGUAAUCACGAUUAUAACGUACCAAGUUGUUCUUCAGGAUCUCAAGGAUCUAGUUCUCUUGGAUCUCCGGGUUCUCCUGAAUUACCAGGAACUCCUGGAUCUCCGGGCACUCCUGGAUCACCAGCCUCACCUGGAUACCCAGGACCUUUAGGAUCUGCUGGUUCUCCUGAAACCCCUGGAUCUGCUGGAUCACCGGGCACUUCCGGAUCACCGGGCACUUCUGGAUCACCGGGAACUCCUGGAUCACCGGGCACUCCUGAAUUACCAGGCUCACCUGGAUAUCCAGGAUCUCCAGGAUCUGCUGGAUCUCCGGGUACUCCUGGAUCUCCGGGUUCUCCUGGAUCACCAGGCACUCCUGGAUCACCGGGAACUCCUGGAUUUCCAGGCCCACCUGGAUAUCCAGGAUCUCCAGGAUCUGCUGGAUCUCCGGACUCUCCUGGAUCACCGGGCACUUCCGGAUCACCGGGCACUUCUGGAUCACCAGGCACCCCUGGAUCACCGGGUACUCCUGGAUUUCCAGGCUCACCUGGAUAUCCAGGAUCUCCAGGAUCUGCAGGAUCUUUGGGCUCUCCUGGAUCACCGGGCACUCCUGGAUAUCCAGGAUCUCCAGGAUCUGCUGGAUCUCCGGGCACUCCGGGAUCUUCAGGAACUCCUGGAUCACCGGGCACUUCUGGAUCACCGGGCACUCCUGGAUCACCGGGUACUCCUGGAUCACCGGGUACUCCUGGAUUUCCAGGCACACCUGGAUAUCCAGGAUCUCCAGGAUCUGCAGGAUCUUCGGGCUCUCCUGGAUCACCGGGCACUCCUGGAUAUCCAGGAUCUCCAGAAUCUGCAGGAUCUCCAGGAUCUGCUGGAUCUCCGGGCACUCCGGGAUCUUCGGGAACUCCUGGAUUACCGGGCACUUCUGGAUCACCUGGCACUCCUGGAUAUCCAGGAUCUCCAGGAUCUGCUGGAUCACCGGGCACUCCUGGAUAUCCAGGAUCUACAGGAUCUGCUGGAUCUCCUGGCACUCCGGGAUCUUCGGGAACUCCUGGAUCACCGGGCACUUCUGGAUCACCGGGCACUCCGGGAUCCUCGGGAACUCCUGGAUCUCCGGGUUCUCCUGGAUCACCGGGCACUCCUGGAUUAUCAGGCUCACCUGGAUAUCCAGGAUCUCCAGGAUCUGCUGGAUCUCCGGGCUCUCCUGGAUCACCGGGCACUCCUGGAUAUCCAGGAUCUAUUGGUUCUCCUGGAUCUCCGGGAUCUCCUGGAUCUCCGAGCACUCCGGGAUCUCCGGGAACUCCUGGAUUACCGGGCACUCCUGGAUUACCAGGCUCACCUGGAUAUCCAGGAUCUUCAGGAUCUGCUGGAUCUCCGGGUUCUCCUGGAUCACCUGGCACUCCUGGAUCACCUGGCACUCCUGGAUCACCGGGCACUCCCGCAUCACCUGGCUCUCCUGAAUAUCCGGGAUCUGCUAGUUCUUCAGGUUCUCCUGGAUAUCCUGGUUCAUCGAGCUUUCCUGAAACACCUGGGUCUUCGAGCUUCCCUGAUUCUUCUGGCACACCAGUAACUUCGGAAUCUUCUUUAAACACAGAUACUAUUUGGUUACCAAGCACAUCUGACACUACUGAAACGUCUAGUAUAUCAAGUACUUCAAAUUUAUGUAAAAAAGAAGGAUUCUUCCCUUAUCAUAAUGAUUGCCGUAAAUUCUACAGAUGUGUGAAAGAUGGCAAUGCCUUAAUCAAAUAUGAUUUUAUGUGCGGUAUCGGAACAGUUUGGGAUUUCACAAUACAAAGUUGUAAUCAUGAGUAUAACGUUCCGAAUUGUAGUAGUGGUAUAACCAUGCCUGAUACUUCUUUAAACGAAAUAGAUUCAUCUAGUUCUCCGAGCACAAGCGAACAGUCUGAAGUAAGCACAUCCUCCGAAAGUACAUUAGCAUCUUAUCUUCCACCGGAAAUACCUGUAACAGAUACUGUUAAACCAUCAAUAACUACUAAACCAGAGGAACCAGAAACCACAAAAAUUCCAACAACACUCGUCCCUCCCGGAACUUCUGGCUUUCCUGGAUCACCGGAAUAUCCAGGAUCCCCAGGCUCUCCUGGAUCUGCUGGAUCUCCUGGAUCCCCAGGCACUCCAGGAUCACAAGGCUAUCCUGGAUCCGCGGGCUCUCCAGGAUCUCCUGGCUCUCCUGGAUCCCCAGGCACUCCAGGAUCACAAGGCUAUCCUGGAUCCGCGGGCUCUCCAGGAUCUCAUGGCUCUCCUGGAUCCCCAGGCACUCCAGGAUCACAAGGCUACCCUGGAUCCCCGGGCUCUCCAGGAUCUCCUGGUUCUCCUAGUACUUCAGGAUCCUCUGGAUAUCCUGCCUUUCCCGGAUCUCCUGGAACUCCCGGCUCUCCUGGAUAUCCAGGAUCCCCAGGCUCUCCUGACUCUCCUGAAACCCCGGGUUCUCCUGGCUCUCCUGGAUUUCCGGGCUCUCUUGGCUCACAAGGCUAUCCCGGGUCACCUGGAUAUCCUGGAUCUUUUGGCUCUCCUGGUAGUUCAGGGACAUCUGGAACUUCACAUACUACAGGAACUUCUGGUAUCCUAAGCACUACUGAUUCUUCUGUUAUAUCAAACUUUUCAAGUUCAUGUAAUGAAGAAGGAUUUUUCCCUGAUUCUCGUAAUUGUCAUAAAUUCUAUCGAUGUGUAAAAGAAGGCAACACAUUUAUAAGAUAUGAUUUUGAAUGUGGUGUAGGAACUGUCUGGGAUUCCAAUAUUCAAAGUUGUAAUCAUGCUUACAACGUACCAAAUUGUAGAAGUGGGCUCGACGUUGAAAUGACAACACUUGAUUCUUCUAUAAACGAAAUAAAUUCUUCUAAUUUCCCAAGCCCCGAUGAACAAUCUGAAAUAAAUACAAGUAGACCUAUUCAAGGCACAACGCUUGCUAGUACAUCUGUUUCGUAUCUACCUCCAGAAACAACUAUAGUAAAUACAGUUACAACUUCGAUUACUACGAGACCAGAAGAACAAGAAACAUCAAAAACACCUAGCUCACCUAGUGAUCCUGGCACUUCUAGUACUACUGAAACUGUUGUAACGACUAAUACUUCUAAUGAUCAAAAUACGUCUGGCGCAACUGAUUCUUCAGAAACUUCUGAAAACCUUGGCAUGUUCGAUACUCCUACUAUGUCAGAUACUACAACUUUAUGUAACAAAGAAGGAUUCUUCUCUGACCCUCAGAAUUGUCGUAAAUUUUAUCGAUGUGCAAAAGAUGGCAACAAAUUCAUGAAAUAUGAUUUCGAUUGUGGUGUUGGAACUGUUUGGGAUUCGAGAAUACAAAGCUGCAAUCAUGAAUACAAUGUACCAGACUGUAAAAGUGGCAGUUUCGACAUGACAACGCCCGACUCUUCAAUUAACGAAAUAGAUUCUACUAGUCGUCCGAGUACAAGCGAACAGUCCCAAGUAAGUACUGGCGAACCUGUGCAAAAUACAAUACCGCAACUAGUCGCUUCCACUACAAUGUCAACUACUAUUAGUAAUGAGGCAUCGUCUAUGACUCCAAUAACUAUGAUAUCUACAUCUUAUUUACCGCCCUCAACUUCUGGAAUAAUUACUAGUACACAAAUGACUUCUAAUUCCCCCGAAUUAACAUCACAAGUUACGUCAGCCUCAUAUUUACCUCCUGUCAGUACUACGCAAUUAAAUAACGUUGAUCAACCUGCAACUGCAUCACAGCAAACAAGUACUACUCCAUCAAAUACUGGACAAUUAGGCAUGUCGGAUUGUACUACAGAAGGUUUUUACCCAAAUCCAAAUGAUUGCCGGAAAUUUUAUCGAUGUAUCAGUCAUCAAUCUGGAUUUGAAAAAUACGAAUUUAAAUGCGGUCCAGGUACAGCUUGGGACCAAAGUAUACAAACAUGUAAUCAUAUUGGGCAAGUCAGUUCCUGUAUGAUAGAUAAUAACGAAAUAGUAGGUUCAGGAGAAAGUUCUCUUUCUACUACUGGUUCUAGUGAGACAACAUCAAUUAUUAAUGAAAAGCCUGGACAAGCGACAAUGAAUCCCUCUUCAACCUAUUUGCCAGCAACUUCAACUACUAAGUCUGAAAAUAUGCAGUUACCUGCAGGAUCAACUACUGAAAGUUCAUCGUCUUCCGAACCACCAUAUUCUAUUUCAUCUUCCCCGUCUGAUUCGUUAGUUUCACCUUCUGAAACAACCACAGAAUCAUCCGAUAGUGAUAAACAAGGAGUACCUCCUUGUACGACAUCCAAAAUUAAUCAAACAAUAGUUUGUAACGAAGAAGGAUUUUAUCCACAUCCAAUGUAUUGUGACAAAUUUUAUCGUUGCGUUGACAAUGGAAAGGGAUUUAACGUCUAUCACUUUAAUUGCCCACCGGGUACUAUAUUCGAUCCUAGUAUAAGCGUAUGUAAUUAUCCGGAAUCAGUUUAUCCAGUGAGAGAUUGUACUUCGUCAACAAAUCCAUCUGGUAAUGAUACUCCCGCACAAUCUACGACAUCAGAAGCAACACAAGAAUCUUCAUCGACUGAGAGUUUAACAACACAAACCUCUACUGAAAUGUCAACGGAAAUUACGACAUCCAUGGAAGAAUCUACAACAGGAACUUCAACAGAAACAACAUCGAUAUCAUCGGAACAAACAACGUCUUCCGCGGAAAUUACAUCUACGUCUAGCACUGAAUCAUUUACUUCAACUACAAUCGAAGGGUUAACAGAAUCAACAACAAGUUCCACUGAACAAACGACAGAAUCAACAACAAGUUCCACUGAACAAAUGACAGAAUCAACAACAAGUUCCACUGAACAAACAACAGAAUCAACAAGU